AGCGCGCCCGUCCUUGGGAGACCGGCCGCAUCUCCGCCGAAGCCGUAGCUGGACACCUCGGCCCGCAGCGCGCCAACGGACGUCGCCUUCAAGCAAUCUGUCACAGGGAGACGUGUCUCCCACGUCGUCACCGCCGCCCUGAGAGCAACGGGAAGACGUCUCGACAUUGUGCCCUUUUUGCCUCGGACCCGGAUCUUCCACUCAGUUCUGUCCCCGCCAGUUGUACGCCGCGGAGCUGCCGAGAAGAGGCCGCGGCGAAAGUGCAGUUCGCGACCAGACAGACAGCGCGGCGCCCUGGAGGAGCGCGCUCGUUAGAGCAAGCGCCGGUCGGUUACUUCGUCGGCUCCGGAGAAGACCGGUCCGCGGUUUCUGUCCUCCUGGAACCAGGGAGACGGCAUUCUGAGAACAACAGCAGCGGCGGCACAACAUGCGGUCCACAACGUUGCUAAGCCUGGGCGUGUUCGUCGUGUUGGUCCUGCUAACGGAAGCACGGCCGGCACACAGUGCUCUCAUCUUACCGCUGAUCAUCUUCAAGAAGCUGCCCAAACACAAGUUGCUGGUACCGGUGCCCCUACCACUGCCUCUGCCGAUCCCUAUUCCGCUGAUAAAGCCCAAGGUGCUACCGCUGAUCCUGCCAAAGCUGCCCCGGAUCGGGAUCACCCUGCACUUGGGCAAGGGGUCUCCACUGCGACACCUGAGGAUACACCACAAACCGAAGCUGGUGCACCUUGACCACGGCCACGACGACCACGACUACCACCACUCGCACUCGAGUCACCAGCCGCACCACCACCACGGACCGCCGCAGCACUCGGGCGAGGACGAGGUGUACGAAGUCAAGAACGCGCCGCCGUCGUACCCGAGCAAGGACUGGAAGUCGUAGCCCCUUUCUCGAACACUUUCCUGAGAGUCAUCCUCCCACGUCGUCUUGACGUCAGCUGUGUCCGGAGUGCGUUCGUACACGUGUAGAGAGUUAUAUGGCGUAUCGAGACGACAGGCCGCGGACCGCUCCGCCCAGUCACGUGAUGAGACGGCAACGCGUGGUCUGCAGACGCAAGGCGGGCCAAAGAGCGCGAGACGUGGUCGACCGAAAGCGAUUCUACGUCGAUACUAGCACAGACAGAGGCAGCAAAUAGAGAUAAGGCAGGGAUGUUAGCCAGGAAAGCGUCGUGUUGGCUACACGGGGGAAGGGAACACUAGAAUAUAGAAAAAUCAGAUAGAUAUGGAAAGUGAAGACGCGCUGAAUGUGUGCACACGAGCUGACGUGGCCACUAUAGCACAAGCGUUCGCACCAGCGGCCGUGAAAAACCGGCUAAGCGACUGCUAUUUGCAUAGUUUCGUACAAUAAUUACUAGAGGGAGCCUUGGCACUGCGAUAGUUCAGCCACCAUGGGAACGAUGGGUAGUACAUGGAUUUGUCGGAUCAUCGUGCUUGGGGCUUCACACGUUCUUCUGGCUUCAUUUAUUACGCUUUGACUGGGCCUAAACUGGACUAAAUUUCAAAGCAAUUUAUACUUUUUUUUAGUGCAGAAGGUAAUGAAACUCUGCAAGCGCGCAUUGUCACUGCUAAGUACAGUGCUUCCGCUUGUCCCUGCGUCCGUGGCGUAAAGCUUUCAAUACCGACUUCUGUGCUAGAGGGUCCUGUGCCCAAAUCCUGCCGUCGGACAAUUUUGAUAAUGUUUCUUUAAUUAUUUAUAACACAGUACUUUCUUUAAAACGUACUUUGCAAAGCAACUAAGCCAUUUAAAGCCAUAAGGACGAAAUUUAGCCAAGUCCAUGUACUACUCAUCAAUGCCAUGCUGGCUGAACUGCCCAGCUUGCAACUCCCGUAGGCACUAGCGCCAUAGUUCUCUCUGGUAAUUCUAUGAAACUCUAUGGCUAUUUGCGAACGAUGACGAUGCUCAUUAGGCUGCCAGAAGAGAACUUCGCUUGUUGCAAAAACUGGCGGCUGCAGGUACUCAAAGAAUCCGCAGUCUGUGGUUCUGAAAGAAAAGAUCGUGCAUUCCUCGUCCUUGCGGUCCGCAUGCUCGCCAGGUGACACCAGGUGACAUGGUGCCUGGCCCAUGGCCCGUCGUCUGGAUACGCCAUUACGAGUGUGCCGUGGGAAAAGCGCAUAUAUAAAGCAUUGUCGAGCUAGCCGGGGCGUAACUGCCCAAUUAAACCACCACUCUAUGUGAUAUGUUACACAGAGACGCAAGACAAACGUCCUUGCAGGUUCGAGCCCGCUCGCCUUGGUAAGCAGCCUCGUUAUCAACAGUCUAACACCACUGGGGAAAUAGGACGAGUACGACGCAACGAUGUUGCGGAUCGCGAAGUCGACAAACAUCGUGUUAUGUUACUUGUCGCUAGUUUCCCAGCUUUUAUAAACAUCGCGGUGCAGUAUACAUGCUAGCAUAUAUAACGGCAACAAUGUUAAUUACGACUUGGCGAGCAGCAGAUUGCAAGCUGUCAUUAAUGGCUAACUUGGAGUCAGAAUGUGUUGAAGGCAACGAAAUUCGCGCUGUCUCCGCGGUAGUCGUGUUACGACAGCACUCCGAACACAGCCCCCGACGCCGUGUCCCGUGAACCAUCUUGUCUCACGCGCGAUGUCCUUUCGUCGGUCGGCCUGAGUACAGCGCGGUGGGCGGUCGCAUCCGGCGACUCAGAGAAAACUAUCACCAAAAGCGUUGCCAUUUCUUCAUCGUGUAAAGAUUUCGAGUACUCACUCCAACGUCCUUCAUAGCAGAUGCCUCCAACGUAACAUCAUAACAGGAGGGCCUAACAACGGCUCCGAGCUAACACUGCCGAUAAUUCUAUAUUAUAAACCAGAUACUUGAAACAUAUUAAGCUACUCUCAGUGCUCUGACCAAAUUAUAAUGUGUUAGCUUGAAGCUUAUAGGCUGGUCGCUCAUGCUUCGUAUAUAGUAAGGCACUUCGCAGGAUCGCAUAGUUUCGUCUUGGCAGAAAUGUACAUAAAAUAGGUAUAGAAGCGCUGAAAAUAGCGCGUUCUGAAGACUAGUGAGUGCACGGCUUCCACGUUUCUUCGAGGGACGCGUGGCGGCCAGCGACGACAUUUGAGAUUGUACAGCGGAAGAAUACUUCCACGACGUCGUAGGGUUCCACCGAUGUAAAGUUGUUUCGCGAACGUAAGCUCACGCACACUCGAGAACGACACUCUCGCGACGGGUAUACCUCGUAGACACCACUCUGGAUAAAACGAAAUCCUGCGCAGCAUUGGAGCAGCGUCACAUUUCUACGCUCCCAUCCCUCUCGUCGGGUGGCUCUUGCGCUGUUAGCUGCGGCGUGACAAAAGUGGCCCGCCGGCCUACAGACAAUCACGUAGAGACAAGGCGACGCUACGGAAGCAGCGCUUACAGCGUGCGUGCUUCCGUAACGUCAUGCUUGGCAAUGGGCACGCCGGUUCGCCAGUGCGACGUCGCAGCUCCAAGAGCUCAGUCUUUGUGCUGUUUGUACUCUGUUUCAGUAUAAUGUGACACAGGAAGCUACGGCUAUAAUCAAACACUCACGAGAACACUCAGGCAAACGUACGUGUCCAUAAGCAGCAUGUAUGUCUUCAUCGAGAUAGAGAGGGAAAUCACAAAGGCAGGGAGGUCAAUCAGAACAGAUAACACGCCGCGCUAUAUAAGCUACACUGGAAGACGAAAAAAGCUGGAGGAAGAAAGACAUGGAGAAAAGCUAGAGAGACACCGAGCACCGGCACAUACGAUCCCACGCGUUGAGAGCCCACCUUCAUAACGCACGCUUACAAUACAAGAUAACAGUCGUUACCAAUCAAUGCUACAGCCACUUGUGCAAGUCUGUUGGUUAUGAGGAUCGAACAACGGCCUUCGUCGGCCUCCGCAGCGACAGCUUACGGUGCAGGCAUUUCAAAACGCAUAGUUACAAAACUGAUUCGUCAUCAACGCGAGCUAGUACAUCCGUGAUGCGAGUCGCAUCUGUACACUUUAUCGAAGUGAGUCCGCGUUCACCCUGGAGCAGAGUAUGGAGCACCAGGGCACGCCUGGCAGAUCCCACACACACGCGCCUCAUUCAUUCGAAACAGAGUGGUGUUGACCUUUCCACUGCAGCUCAUCCAGAUAGAAGGCAUGGGCGACUCCUUAAACGAACCUGGUGUCACAGCGAAACAGAGAAACGAAGCUAGACGAGGAAGCGCGCAGGCGUUGUUCGCUUUAUCAAAAGUGGUGUUUGCCUUUGUCCAUUUCGAGUCAACCGAGUGCGCGGCAUUCUUGGGAUCACGUGCGCGCUCUCCGCCGAAUUCGGCGGUAUCUACGAGAGGUCUGACUAACGAUAGGCAUCGCCACCCGGUGGCCUCAUCUCUCGCAGUCGCCGAAUACGGGUCGCGCUUCUUUCUCCGCGACGGCGUCUUCCCCGAGGCGCCAGUGAGAAGCGGUCUUUGUGCUGGCGACGAGGUGGUACACUAUUGUUUUUCUUUUUUUUUUUUUCCUUUCGGGAUGCUUUCUCUCACUCUCCUUGUGGGCACAUUAAUUUCCCCUGCAUGGAAGCUUUCUCUACCGGAGUUGUUCUCGUCUGCAAAAGACUUGGAACACUGUGUCCUUCCUCGUUCUCACACUGCCUCUCCUAGCGAGCUGGGGUUUUUACAGGCGCACCCAAUUGUAAAUACGAACCGCUCAAAUAAAAUUUUGUUGUUGUGUGCA